CCAUUCUCUCGCACGAUCUCUCCAAAAGAUAACAGAUUGUAUGCGAGCUGUUCCAGAAAUCUGCGAUGGCCCCAAAGAAGAGACCAGCAAAAAGUGGAAGGACUUUCGGCCAUGUGGUGCCCUUGGGGUCCACGUGCUUGGUGGCCAGACAUCUUCAGAACAAAGGUCUACGAGUCUGCAAAUUUCCCUUUGACUGGAUGUAUUCCACGCCCUACUUGGUGCGCCAUGCGUUGACUGACAACUUCAAGGUGUUUCUUGACCCCAAGCAGUACCAGAUGAAUCCCAAGAGUGAUGCAGGACACCGCAAUGUCGGCACGAUCCACAAGACCUAUCUCCGAAUGCAGGACACGAAGGUCAGGAAGGUGGUUUUCCCGCAUCAUCAGCUUUGGUCUGGGUCUCCUCAGUGCAAAGAGUUGCGGAAGUCGUUCCUCCGUGCAGCCCAGCGUUGUCGCCAAGUGCUCCGUGCGCCGAAGGGCGCAAAGGGCCCGAAGGGCGCUCGAACGCUCUUCGUGUGUGCCUUGACCAUUCGCAGUAGAGAAGCCUUGAAAGCUGCAAGGGAUGAAGAUUGGAGCCUCACAGGACGUGGCAAGUGUCCGAUACCAGAAGAAGGUGGCCCUGAGCUGUGCUCUCGAGCGGAGAUCUUGCGCCUCUUCAAGGUUUUGCAGGAGAAAUCUGCGAGACCGUUUCAUUUGGAAGUGGUUUACCUUUUGACACCGAGUGCUGAAAAGAAGGAAUCCCGUCCUUGCCGGAAACGCGUUUUUCAAAGGGAAAGUGGGAGGAGAUCGUUGAGGAUCACUGAGCUGUAUUGCAAAGGUGACAAUACUGGCUUGGUCUUCCCUGAGGAUGAAGAUAUGCUGGCGUUUCACAACAUAAUCACAGAAUCCGGGCAACGAAGGUUUCCUCUGCCUGCUUUUGAUGAGGAUAGGGAGGCCACUGGCAAGGCUGUCAAAGCCCAAAGGAGCCAACAGCCACGGAAUCAAGAUUUCAAGCGCAAAGAAUGGCUCAAGCAGAGGCUGCGAUUUGUGCAGAAAAACCCGAAGGUGGAAGGCUCCUCUGCACACCAACGCUAUGAACGGUACAAGAAGGCCAAAACUCUGCAAGAGUUCUUCAACCUUGGAGGCUGCAAAGGAGAUUUCCACAAUGAUCAGGCACAUGGCUUCCUCUCGCUCAGGUGAAGGAAAAGUGCCGCCCGCGCCGAUUUUGUCUUCAGGGUCGCUUUCAGGUUGUACGUAAAAGCGCUUGGAACAAGGCAAUGUGUUGGAAUCGUGGUUGGAUUGCAAUCCAACACGCACUUGUGCACACUUGAUUGGCCAAGCAAAAUAGAUCUGACAAAGUUGGCCCCAACUUGGGUGACUGACAGUUUGGAGAAAAGCUGGUAGGAAGACAGGUUGGGAGGAAAAAUUGCAAUUCUCUGCCUGAGCAUCCAGAUUGGAUCGUGAUUGCAGAGCACAACCCUCCGAACUCCAGGACAGACAAAGUGCCAAGCAUGAACAUCAUGCCGGUGAUUGCAGAGGUAGAAACAGAUAAAGAAGAAGAAAAUAAAGAAAAAGUGAGAACAGAUGAGUGUCUUAAUGUGCAGGAAUUUGACCAGGGACCGGUGGUGGAUUGCACAAUCGCGUUAAAGAAUGCAACGAUAAUGGUGUCUCAUCCAACUAACCAGCCACAC